AUGCUUUACUUCCAGGUGGUGAUCUUGGUGGCUACAGUGAUGCUGGUUUACUACUGUGAGUUCACUGACACUUUCAGUCCAACACAGCAGGGCUUCCUCUGCAGAGACCCAGCUUUAACCAAACCAGAUCCUGGACCUGAACAGCUCAGCCUCAUCCAGCCUGUAAUACUGUACUCUGUGGUGGGUGGGCUACCUGUUGUACUGAUCUCAGGUGUAGAGCUAAUUAUCUUCCUCCUUCACCACAACUCAAACAACCUUUAUGACCAAGACAAGGUCGUUGUCAUGGGUGACUGUUGCUAUGUGAACCCAAUGGUGCGCAGGACUGUCCGUUUUCUUGGUGUGUAUGUCUUCGGUCUGUUCACGACCGACAUCUUUGUCAACGCAGGUCAGCUGGUCACAGGAAGUCUGGCUCCUUAUUUCCUGUCUGUUUGCCAGCCCAAUUACACUGCCCUCAGCUGCCAGGACGCGGCGCAGUUUGUCAGCCAAUCCGACGCCUGUACUGGUGACCCUGAGGACAUCAUGAGAGCCAGGAAGACGUUUCCCUCCAAAGAGGCUGCACUAAGUCUGUACACAGCGGUUUAUCUGGCAAUGUACGUCAUGUCCUGCAUUGGUACCAGCGGAGGUCGACUGACCGGACCCCUCCUCAGUCUCUCAUUGGUCAGUCUGGCUGUGCUGACAGGCAUCAAUAGAGUGGCCGAGUACCGGAACCACUGGAGUGACAUCAUAGCGGGACAAGUCAUCGGGGGAGCUAUUGCUGUCUUUCUUGUGGUGUUUGUGGUACAGUAUUUUAAGAAGAGACCUCUGAUUCCUCACAGUCCUUCUGACGCUGGCACAUCUAACACUGAUGAGCCGUCACCUCAAACUGAUCCCACCAUGGAAACCAGUGGCAAUGAUAAUGCUGCACAGGUAAAAGCCCAGGAUCGUGCACAGAAGUCACAUGACUAUGACUCCCACCCCACCACAUGA